AUGCCCGAUGAGAGCAACGCUAAGCUGCUCUGGCUGAUGUACAAAAACGCCAAAAACCUUCUUCCGUACCGCACAAGAAUGGAGAACUUGACUUGGCGGAUGAUGCACACCGUGGGCCAGAAACUGAACAACCUCUCCCACAUCCUGGAGCUCUUGCUGCUGCCUUUGCUCAACCACCCAGGCCUACAAGACUACAACAAGGCCGAGGAGCUGCUGCCGCUGCUUCUGCGCACAGACCCGGGCCACGAGGAGUUCGACUACGUUGCCCACAUCAGACGCAUUGGACGAGACUACGAAAACACCUCAUCUUCGUGUGGGCGUCUCCCGUCCAAGCCGCUGUCGUCGUCGGGAAAGGCUGGUUCCGUUUCCUCUGACGCCUCGAGAAAGAGACCCAACCCGUUUCUGCCUGUGGUGCAGCCUGUGGCCACGGCAGUAGGGGAGUCCACCUGA